CCUGAACUCCUCACAGGUUCUCCGCUCUCCGCCCAGCAGGGACAGGACGGAGGACACGAUCUGCCGUGAACGCACCGCACAAGCCGCUUCAUGGUCUGCUCGUUCUUUGGAAGUUCGGCGCGUCUUUUGACAACAACUUAUUGAGUCGGAGGGGCGAUAUCUCAUCCUCUGUACAUACAGUUUGGGAACUUGUUUGCACCAUGCAGAGUGUUGGGCUCCCCGGGGGUUCAUCCACAGAGCUGUAACCUCUGCCGCCCCACACACCGCUGUCAGUGUUGGAGCCUCAUACAGUCUAUGGUUUGGAGAGGAGGACUGAACACUGAACAAGAUGCAGACCCGAUUACCAAGCGGUGCUGCCCCCCCCUGAAAAUGUGCAACACGUUCCCACUCGGACACACCGUCCCACUGCCCGACAGUAACCGUGCCUGGAGCUGUGGAUCUGGAUCUAUCUGAAUCAUGUUCCUGCUGUGGGUCCCCGUCACCCUGUUUCUCAGCUUCGUCGUUUCUCAGACGUGGAGCGUUCAGAUGUCGUGGGAUAACUGGAACGCCGACCUGCGCAACCGGGAGAAGGAGUUUGAGAAGCCGAGCUCCCCGCCGCACAUCAUCUUCAUCCUGGUGGAUGACCAGGGCUUCCGGGAUGUGGGAUACCACGGCUCCGAGAUCAAAACGCCGACUUUGGACCGGCUGGCAGCGCAGGGGGUCAAACUGGAGAAUUACUACGUGCAGCCGCUCUGUAGCCCGUCCCGGAGCCAGCUCAUGACCGGCAG